ACGUCGGUCUGUGAAGCCCAGUUGAAUGUAAAAAUCAAAAGCGAGCCCAAAAUAAACAGAAUCAUAUUAAUCUACUUCUCUCUCGCAGUGUUCUACCCUGUCCUGAGUCCUCCCCCAAAUUCGGAGCUCUCUUAGGGUUUCUGAUCCACUUGCUUAGUCAUGGCUAUGCAAACCGGAAUCGGCCUUUCCCGGAUCAUUAUCCUUGCCGGUGCAGGAUACACCGGUACGGUCCUUUUUAAAAACGGUAAAUUAUCUGAUGUGAUCGGUGAGCUUCAGUCACUGGUGAAGGGACUUGAAAAAUCCGGCGAGCAUGCAGAUGGUGAUUCCGACUACAGCGAUGCCAUUGCCCAACAGGUGAAGCGGCUGGCAAUGGAAGUUCGUCAAAUGGCCUCAGCACGGCAAAUAACUGUUCUGAAUGGAAGUUCUGGCCAAAUGGGCAACUUAGCUAGUCUCAUAGUUCCAGUUACUGCCUUGGGGGCAUUGGGUUAUGGUUACAUGUGGUUGAAGGGUCUAAAAUUCUCAGAUCUUAUGUAUGUAACAAAGCGCAGUAUGGCAAAUGCUGUUUCAAACUUGACGAAGCAUCUGGAGCAAGUAACUGAGGCUCUAUCUGCUGCAAAAGUACAUUUAACACAGCGAAUUCAACUUUUGGAUGAUAAAAUGGAGAGCCAAAAAGAGAUUUCAAAGGCAAUUCAAAAUGACGUUAAUGCUGCUUCGGAAAAUAUAUCACAGAUUGGCUCAGAACUGUGGCACCUGCAAUGUCUAGUCUCUGGUUUGGAUGGAAAGAUAGGUUCUUUGGAGGAGAAGCAGGAUCUGGCAAAUAUGGGUGUGCUGUACCUCUGCAAUUUUGUUGGUGGCAAAAAAAUGCAAAUGCCUAAAGCUCUGGAGGAUCAACUUAGACCUUCUGGGAGAACUCGUUCAAUUACAUAUUCUGAAGCAGGUUUGAGUCAGGGGCUUAAAGAGCUUUCAGAAAAUUUAUAUCGAACGAUCAGCGAACCAACUACUGAUGUCAUAAUGCAAGAUGGAAUUGACAAGUUGGAAGGCCAACCACGUGCUCCUCAAAGUGACCAAUCAAGGACCCUGCUUAGGUUCAAUUCAGCCAAGUGUUGAGAAAACAUUCUGAACUAGAUACUUAGCUAGCCUUAUCUUUGCAACGUGCUCGUUGAGUAGUUUUGUAGUUUUUCUGUACAAAUAAGGGAAGCCCCAAGCAUACAUGGUGAAUUAAUUAUAAAGAGUAGAUUAUUUCUUUGUUUUUUUUAAUUUUCUCAAGUCAAUAGUUAAAAUUCAGUUUUUCAAGUUUAAUGAACAUCAAGUUUGUUGCACGGAUGAUGGAUAUGCACUGGAUUGUAGAUAUGAAAAUAUAGAUUUUAUUGUUGUCA